AUGACAGAGCUGUUGUACCGUCUUCUGAAGCAAGAUUGUGGCCAUAAUGUACAUAGACUUUACCCACUACCCAUCACAAUUAAUCCAACCAAUAGAGAUAAUCAAAAAAAAAAAAAAAUAAUAAUAAAAAUGGCGACACAGAAGGGAAGGAUGGAGGAUAGAAAAGUGUUUGAAAGAAGAAACUCAUUGCCGGGGGACCCAAAUCUAAAGGACAUUAUGAAAGAACUUCAGAAAAUUACAGAAAAUCAAAGAUCAUUCCAAGAGCAAAUGCUAAACAUACAGAGGGACUUAUCGGAGGAACUAAUAGGAAUGAAAAAGGAAAUGAAGGAUAUUCAAAAGAGUAUUAAAGAAAUCAAACAAGAGGAACAUAAAAUGGAAAAGAAACAGGACAAACUUGAAAGAAAAAUAGACAUUUUGGAAAUGAAAAACGCAAAACUAGAAGCAAGACAGGAAAAAAUUGAACAAAAAGAAUUAGACCUCCAAAUAAGAAUUAGAAACCUCCCAGAAGAGCCAAGAGAAAAUUUGAAGCUAGUAAUAACCCAAUUACUGGCAGACCUGAUCCAAAUUACUGAUGAAGAGAUGGAAGAAAACAUUGACCGAACCUUUAGAAUAACAACAAAUUUCUCAAAAAAGAAUCAUGUACCUAGAGAUGCAAUAGUACAGUUCUCAAAGAGAAAAGUCAGGGAGGAAGUACUCAAAAGCAGUAGUAAAAAUACUAUUAGAUACAAAGGAGAAAAAGUGACAAUACUUAAAGAAUUUCCCACAAGUACAAUACAAAAAAGAAGAAAAUAUCUCUUCCUCACUGAGGAGCUGAAAAAAAGACAGAUCAAAUUUAGAUGGGAGAGGAGGGAAGGUAUCAUGACAACAUAUAAAGAGGAGAGAUUUUGGCUGACAACUGAGGACAAAGCCAAAGACUUUUAUGAAAAACUAAUGGAAGAAACAGUGGAUCCCAUCAAAACCGGACAAGACAGUGAAAGGAAGAGAAAGAAACCCAGAAUGUUCUCUCCAGAAAAGACUGAAACUAAUUCACCAACACCCGAGACUAAUUCACAAACCCAGGAAAUGGAGCUACGGGGGGAGGAGGCAGCCAAUCAACCCUAAAUUAUGGAAUUAAAAGGUUAUGUAAAUAAUAUUAAUGGUUUAAAUUCACCAAAUAAAAGGAAAAUUUUAUUCAAUUACCUUAAAAGAUGCAAA